AUGGCAGAUGCCAAAGUGAAACUUGGGGAUCUGAGGGGCGUGCGUGGCAAAGGCCACCAAAGAGAAGCAGCGUCCGAGCGGCAGCCGGAAGUGAGGGCCGGGAGAGCGCCGGCGCGCGCGCCUCUCUCCCUUCCUUCCCCGCCGCCCACUCUAUGGUUCCUCCUCCCCGUCGCGGCGGCUGACAAGAUGGCGGCGUCGGGCCUAGGCUUCGGCCCAGGGUCGUCGGGGGUCCUCGGGAGCCGGGUCCUGGCCUACACCCUCCACCGCUGGAGCAGCUUCUCCUCCACCUACCUGCCAGAGAACAUUUUAGUAGACAAGCCCAAUGAUCAAUCGUCACGGUGGUCUUCUGAAAGCAACUACCCUCCCCAGUACUUGAUCUUGAAACUUGAAAGGCCGGCUGUAGUUCAGAGUAUCACGUUUGGAAAAUACGAGAAGACUCACGUCUGUAAUUUAAAAAAAUUCAAAGUCUUUGGUGGAAUGAAUGAAGAAAACAUGACUGAUCUUUUAUCAAGUGGCUUAAAGAAUGACUAUAACAAAGAAACGUUUACUUUGAAGCAUAAAAUUGAUGAGCAGAUGUUCCCGUGUCGAUUUAUUAAGAUAGUUCCACUCCUGUCCUGGGGUCCCAGCUUCAAUUUUAGCAUCUGGUAUGUUGAACUCAACGGCAUUGAUGAUCCAGAUGUGGUUCAGCCCUGUCUCAAUUGGUAUAGCAAGUACCGUGAACAGGAAGCCAUUCGCCUCUGCCUAAAGCAUUUUCGCCAGCACAACUACACAGAGGCUUUUGAGUCUCUGCAGAAGAAAACCAAGAUUGCCCUGGAACACCCCAUGCUGACAGACCUUCACGAGAAGUUGGUCUUGAAAGGAGACUUCAACGCUUGUGAAGAGUUAAUAGAGAAAGCUGUGAAUGAUGGUUUGUUCAACCAGUACAUCAGUCAACAGGAAUACAAGCCACGGUGGGGUCAGAUAAUUCCCAAGAGCACCAAAGGUGAUGGUGAGGACAGCAGGCCUGGAAUGAGAGGAGGGCAUCAAAUGGUCAUUGAUGUUCAAACAGAAACAGUUUAUUUGUUUGGCGGCUGGGAUGGGACGCAAGACCUGGCGGACUUCUGGGCAUACAGCGUGAAGGAAAAUCAGUGGACGUGUAUAUCCAGAGAUACUGAAAAAGAGCAUGGUCCGAGCGCUCGGUCCUGUCACAAGAUGUGCAUUGACAUCCAGCGAAGGCAGAUCUACACCUUGGGUCGUUACCUGGAUUCCUCUGUGAGGAACAGCAAGUCUCUAAAGAGCGACUUCUAUCGCUAUGACAUCGACACAAAUACCUGGAUGUUGCUGAGCGAGGAUACGGCUGCUGAUGGAGGUCCCAAGCUCGUGUUCGACCAUCAGAUGUGUAUGGAUUCAGAGAAGCACAUGAUCUAUACCUUUGGGGGAAGGAUUUUGACAUGCAAUGGCAGUGUGGACGACAGCCGAGCCAGUGAGCCACAAUUCAGCGGCCUCUUUGCUUUCGACUGUCAGUGCCGGAUAUGGAAACUCUUGCGAGAGGACUCAUGUAAUGCUGGCCCUGAAGAUGUCCAGUCCAGAAUAGGACACUGCAUGCUAUUCCAUUCAAAAAAUCGCUGCCUGUAUGUGUUCGGUGGACAAAGGUCAAAAACCUACUUGAACGAUUUCUUCAGUUACGAUGUAGACAGCGAUCACGUGGAUAUCAUUUCGGAUGGCACCAAAAAAGAUUCAGGGAUGGUUCCGAUGACUGGCUUCACCCAAAGAGCUACCAUCGAUCCGGAACUGAAUGAGAUCCACGUGUUGUCUGGACUGAGUAAAGACAAGGAGAAGCGGGAAGAGAACGUCCGGAAUUCCUUCUGGAUUUACGACAUCGUCCGAAACAGCUGGUCAUGUGUCUACAAGAAUGAUCAAGCAGCCAAAGAGAACUCAAACAAAAGCCUUCAAGAAGAAGAGCCCUGUCCACGUUUUGCACACCAGCUUGUGUAUGAUGAAUUGCACAAGGUCCAUUAUCUGUUUGGAGGGAACCCAGGCAAAUCCUGUUCUCCAAAGAUGAGGCUGGAUGACUUCUGGUCGCUGAAACUCUGCCGGCCGUCCAAGGAAUACUUGCUUCGCCAUUGCAAGUACUUGAUAAGGAAGCACAGGUUUGAAGAGAAAGCCCAGACAGAUCCCCUAAGUGCCCUGAAAUAUUUGCAGAACGACUUGUUUGUCACUGUGGAUCACUCAGAUCCUGAGGAGACGAAGGAGUUCCAGCUACUGGCUUCGGCACUUUUCAAGUCUGGCUCAGAUCUGAGCACAUUGGGGUUUUCAAAUGUCGAUCAUGUCUACGCCCAACGAACUCAGCUCUUUGACACCUUGGUGAACUUCUUUCCGGACAACAUGACCCCUCCCAAAGGCAAUCUGGUGGAGCUCAUCACACUGUGACAAGCCAGUUGCUGGGCACGUGGAAGGAAGAGGAGGACACUCUGGCUUUUCAGUAUUUUUAAUUUUUGUGUGUCUACGCAGCGAGUGUUUGGAGAACUGCAGAAAUAGAAUAACCUGGUUUGGGGUGGGGCUUUAUGCAUAGGGCUAAUAAAAAGGAAUUGAUAUAUU